AUGGAGGACGACGAGGAGGAGGAGGGGUACGUGAAGGUGGGCACGAGGUUCUACCGGGUGACGAUGAGGCCGACCGGCGCCGGCGGCGCCGUGGUGCGUCGUCGCCUCCACUACCUCGAGUCCUGUUACCUCUGCAAGGAGAGCAUCGCCUGCGACCGCGACGUCUUCAUGUACAAGGGGGACGCGGCGUUCUGCAGCGAGGACUGCAGGGACGAGCAGAUGGACAUGGACGAGGCGCUCCACGCGGCGGCGCGGCGCCACCGCCUCCUGCAGCGCGCGCCCGCGUCGUCGUCGUCCUCGCUGGCGGCAGCUGAGGCGGCGGCGUCGACCAGGCCUCCGCCGGUGAUGCGCCGCCGCCCCACCAUCGCCAACCUCGCCGCGCGCAACCCGCCCGUGGCCGCCAGCUAG